AUGAUGAAACCUGUGCAAGUGAAUUUGAAGUUGUUGAAGUGUAUGGUUAGAAGAUGGGUUGGUAAUGCUUUGAGUUUUAGGGUGAGUCAACAAGUAGUUCCUUUUACUACUUUAGAUGUAUAUAUGACAACCGGUUUAGGAAUGGGUGGGCUAAAUGUUCCUGUAGAGGAGUGUGUAGUUGGAUCCCUUGGUCAGAUGUUUGAUCCGAAGACCACAACGAAAAAAGAUUUGAUUGAACGAUUUCGCUUGAUUGUCAACGAUGAAGAAGUAGAUGUUGACGUAGUGUGUAGGUUAUACAUUUUGGUAGUUUUAGUAACUUUUUUGUUGCCUAGGCAAUCUAAGUAUGUCGCAAACAUGCCUUUUGGUGUUUUAGACGAUUUAGAUAGUUUGUGUUUGUAUGACUGGGCGUCCUGCGUUCAUAACCACCUAGUUCAAAGUCUAAAUAGUUCAAAGAAGAAGAUAAUGUCUGGAAAAAUAAAGCAUCAACUCAGUCUUAGUGGCAACGUGGCUUGUUUGCAGUUAAAUCUUGAUUGGUAUGUAAGUCGUAUCGAUCGUAAUGAUGCUGAACUGCGUGUUGCAUUGGGUAUUGAUGACAUUGGGUUGUCUAAAGGUGUAGAAUCAAAGGCAAAUGCAUCAAUGAUUGAAGAAUCAGAUGAGGAAAGCACNGACACUUGCACGUGGCUAGCAGAUGCUGAUGUGAUAUUGAAGAAGACCAAUUNUGAAAUAGCGUCUAUNCAUCGUGAGAUUUCUAGGCUAACGAAGGAGGUAAUGGACCUUCGUCAAUUUCCAAUGCAAAACGAAGAAGGUAGAUUCGGUGAACCUGGAGAAGGAGUUGGCGCAGGUGACGAAGAUGUCGAUGUUGGAGAGGAUGACCACCCUUUAGGGGAAGAAGUACCGGCAGGUGGGGAUGAAGAAGGAGUUGGGGCAGGUGACGAAGAUGUGGUUGUUGGAGAGGAUGACCACCCUUUAGGGGAAGAAGUACCGGCAGGCAACUGA